AUGAUUUCAUCUGCCGAUAUUAGUGAGACUGUACAAAAUGUCACUGAUUGCAUUAUUAAGGCCGCUGAUGCUUCAAUUCCAAAGCGUACCCCUCUUCCACGCAAAUUUCGCAAACCAUGGUGGAAUGAUGAAUGUCGUAAGGCUUAUAAGGAACAAAGAAAAUGUUGGGGUAUUUUCCGCAGGUAUCCUACCACGGAAAAUCUUGUUGCAUUUAAAAGAGCAAGAGCAAAUGCUCGUCGAAUUCGGCGCCGCAGUCAAAAAGAAUCUUGGCAAAGUUUUAUAUCCACCAUCACUUCCAAUACAUCUAGUGCACAGUUGUGGAAGAAAGUUAAAGCGGCAAACGGAAUUUAUAAAGAAUUCGCUUUCCCCAUCUUAAAUACAGAAACGGCUUCAUACUCAUCGCCACUUGAUAUUGCAAAUGUUAUUGGAGAAACCUUCGCUGAUGUUUCAAGCUCUGUUCCUAAUAAUCCGACUUUUCGUGCGAUUAAGAGACAAGCUGAACAAGUGCCUUUGAAGUUUAGAACCCGCAUGGUCCUCUCUUAUAACAAUAACUUUAAGAUAGUGGAAUUAAGGAACGCUCUAUCUCGUACUCGAGAUACUAGCCCAGGUGUCGACGGGAUUACCUACAGUAUGCUUCGACAUUUAGACGAAACCUCUCUUUUGCACCUCCUGCACUUGUUUAACAGAAUCUGGAGUGAGCAAACUUUUCCUGAACAAUGGUAUGAAGCCAUUGUGAUACCUAUCCUUAAACCUGGAAAGGUUCCUACCAAUCCUUCAAACUAUAGGCCAAUUGCUUUAACUAGUUGUCUCUGUAAAACGCUCGAACGCAUGGUAAAUGCCCGUUUACUCUAUGAACUGGAGAAAAAUGGGUAUAUUUCACCUUUCCAAAGUGGUUUCCGUCGAGGACGUUCUACCAAUGACAACUUGGUUAUGCUUGAAUCUCAAAUUCGAAACGCAUUCGUCCGGAGAAACCAUCUAGUUUCUAUAUUCUUCGAUAUAGAAAAGGCGUACGAUCGUACGUGGCGGUAUGGCAUCCUCCGUACUUUAGGAGAUUUUGGUUUUAAAGAGCGACAACUUCAGAGGGCUGUUAACAAACUCAUUUCAUGGUGUGAUGAGAAUGGACACACGCUUUCCCCUGAGAAGAGCCGUUGCGUACACUUUUGUCGGAAACGGAGUCUCCACCCUGAUCCUGUGAUACAAAUUCGAGGUGUUGAUAUUCCAGUCGUUGAAGAGGUACGUUUCUUGGGUAUCAUAUUUGACCGGAAACUCACUUUUCUUCCGCAUGUCCUUCACUUGCGAAAGAGGUGUGAAAAAUCCCUCAACAUCCUAAAAGUCCUCUCGACUACCAGAUGGGGGGCAGAUCGAACAUCUCUACUUCGUAUCUAUCAGUCUGUUAUUCUAUCAAGAAUUGAUUAUGGAUGCGAAAUAUAUGGUACAGCUCGUUCUAGUGUUCUCCGAAAUUUAGACACAGUACACAACAGUGCUUUGCGUAUCUGUUCUGGAGCCUUUCGUACAUCACCAGUUCAUAGUUUAUAUGUGAUUUGUCAUCAACUUCCACUUCAUCUGAGACGGAAAAAAUUAUCUGAACUAUAUUUUUUCCGUAUUGAAUCUUUUAUCAAUCACCCUAUUCAUCGAGUGAAUUUACCUAUUGGUUUGGGACGAUUAUAUAAUGCACGUCCUUCUAAUAUCCUACCUUUUCGUGAAAGGAUAACAAGGACUUUCGCUGAUCCAGGAAUUUUAAAUCUGCAGGUUCAUAAUACUACCGCUUAUGCUUUGCCACCCUGGGAUAUCCCAGAAAUAUCAUAUCUUAACCCUUUUCUCGCUUAUGGCAAGUCUACCACUUCAUCUGUUGUCUUUCAACAACUUUUUCUAUAUCACCGCAAUGAAUAUUCUACACACAUUCCUGUUUUUACGGAUGGCUCAAAGACAGCUUAUCAAGUAGGUUGUGCUGUCGUCAUUGCUGAGGACACAAGCAGCUUUCAGUUGAGUACUCUGUGUUCAGUUUUAACUGCUGAACUAAUGGCAAUUAUGAUUGCUCUUGAAAAAAUGUCUAACCUCACUUACCACAAAUUCUGCAUUUAUUCUGAUAGUAUGAGUGCUCUGGAGGCCCUCAGCCAUCCUCAUACUAAAACGCAUCCAAUAGCUGUAGAUAUCCUACAUCUUUGGAGAGAUUUGCAAGCUCAGAACUACCAAAUUUUAUUUUGUUGGUUACCUGGCCAUGUUGGCAUUGUUGGCAAUGAAUCUGCUGAUGCUGCAGCAAAGACAGCAUCCACUUCUCUACAACGAGCUAUUCCAAAUAACCAUAACCUAACCCAUGAAAACAGCGUCAGCAUAAAAAUCCACACAGACAAAGGCCCAAUUAAUCUCGCAUCAACCUACUCCUCACCUAAUGAAAAUAUCCAAGAGGCCACAGAAGAGAUCGAUCACCUCAUAACCAACAUCAAAGGCGAAAAAAUCAUAAUUGGCGCAGACUGGAACGCCCACAACAGGCUAUGGGGGUAUCAAAAUGAAGAUACCAGAGGCUCCCAAGUCGAAGACUUCAUACUAGCCAAAGAUCUGUUUCUCCUGAAUGAAACCAACUCGCCACCAACAUAUGAGCAUAAUUUCAGCAAAGGCUGGCCAGACCUCACUCUCAUUAAAGGAGCAGACCUAGCGGAGGAAACCAAGUGGUCGGUGUCGGACGUCUACUCCCACAGCGACCACAAGUACAUAAUAAUAGAAGUAAACAUCCCUCAAAAUCAACAACAAUACACCCGAUUCAAAACGGCCUACGGGGGACACAGGAAACUGCUGGACCUCCUAAGCGAGAACCUCCCGAGAAUCAGCCUGAAAAUAAAAUACAGCAAAACCAAGGAAGAAUUAGAAGAAGCCACAAUAGCCCUCCAAACGGAAAUAUUCAAAGCCUGCAAAAGGACAUACAAAACUAAAAAAGUCAAGCUAAACACCAAUAACAACUGGUGGGAUCAGGCACUCCAAAUAAGGAAGAAAGAAAUCCAAGCCCUGAGGAGGAGAAUUAACAGCUCACCACAAUCGGAAAAGCAGAAAUACCAGAUUGAAAUCUCCAAAAAACAAGCAGAACUAAAAAAAGAGGCAAAAAAGGCUAAACGAAGAUCUUUCCGCAACCUAUGCUCAACGACAAUAAACCCAUACGGACUCCCUUACAAAUCAAUAAUAAAAGAUAGAAAACCACCAUCCGAUCUCUUCAGACAACUGGACGCACCCAUGGAGGGAGACAUAGAAACCUUCGCACUCAAUAUUCUCAAGGAACUAUAUCCACAAGAUUCAACUUCUACUCCAACUAAUAGCCUUUCAGGAGAUUUUACAAUAGAAAAGCCCUUCUCCAAAAACGAAAUUAAAAGAAUCCUAAAGCAAGCCCCACUUAAGAAAGCACCAGGCCCGGAUGCAAUAGAUUAUAUAGUGCUAAAAGAAAUCAAUUCAAGAUACCCAGACGUUCUCCACACCCUCUACAACAGAUGUCUCUCCUUGCACUGCUUCCCAUCCUCUUUCAAAAAAGGUAACAUAGUCCUAUUCCACAAGACCGGCAAAGACCCCCAACAAAUCAAAUCCUACAGACCAGUAACCCUCCUCUCGACAAUAGGCAAAACGCUGGAAAAACUACUUCUGGGGCGAUUAAACCACAAACUCAGCCAACUUAACCACCUCCAUAGCAACCAAUUCGGUUUCAGAGAAGGUAAAUCAAUAGACCAUGCAAUCCACCAACUAAUCAAUAAAAUUAAUGAAUCCAAAAACCAGAAGAAUCAUACCAUAGUAAUCUCAAUAGACAUCCAAGGAGCAUUCGACAACCUGGAAUAUAGUUCGAUCCGAAAUAGCAUAGAUGCAAUAGACCACCCCUCCAACAUAACAGAAACCCUGAAAGACAUCCUCACAGGCAGAAAGGUUUGCCUCCAAACCUCACAAGGACCAGUGGAAUGGAACCAACAUAAAGGCUGUGCGCAAGGCUCGUGCACAGGCCCAAUGUUCUGGAACCUCGUGGCAAACGAGAUCCUUUCGGCUCCCUGGGACCCUAACAUCCAUCUACAGGCCUUCGCGGAUGACUUUGUCUUCGUAAUAAGCGAACCUACAGGCGCAAAACUAAAAUCCAAGGCCCAUCAAGCACUCGCAAUAUUCCAAACCUGGCUCGACAAACACCACCUCAAGGUAUCAAUAGACAAAACAAAAUAUAUGCUAAUUAGUAAACUAGUCAACGGACCCAGAUUAAAGUGGCAAAACCAACCCAUUAAGAGAGCAACCUCCAUAAAGUACCUAGGAGUCUAUAUAGACGCAAAAUUAAACUGGGCCGACCAUCUUCAAUACAUCAAGACAAAGUCAUCCGUUCUAAUUCAAAAGAUCAGAAGGGUAGCAGGACCAAACUGGGGCCUCAAUAAAGAUCACAGAAGGAUACUGUACAAAACAGUGGCCGAAAGAAUGAUCCUUCACGGCUCUGUGGCAUGGGCCGCCUCUCUCACAGCAAGACAGACAAGAGCGUUGAACUCCAUCCACCGGAAAUUCCUGCUCAACAUCAGCAGCGCCUAUUGCACCACCCCUACGGCCGCUCUUCAAGUCAUAGAGGGAUCUCUUCCCCUCCACCUAAAGGCAGAGCUAGAGGCAGCCUACGUAAAAACAACCAGGCUAAAAUCCAAAGUAACUCUGGACGGACAAGACUUCUCCCCAGAGUCAUACGAAAACAAGCCCUCCCCAACAAAGUUCCACCCGGCCGAUUUCCAGCUAGAGGACAGGGUCACAAUAACAAAGACCUUCUCGCCACAGGAAGAAACCAAUGUAUAUACAGACGGCUCCCACCUCAACAACCAAACGGGUUGCGCCUUCUGUGUCAUACACAACAAAGAAAUAGUUAAAGAGUGGAUGGGGAAACUGAAACAGAACAACUCAGUAUACCAAGCAGAACUAACAGCCAUAAAGGAAGCCUGCCACUGGGCCAGCACAAUCAAAGACGCAGUAAAGGUUUGGUCGGAUAGUGAAUCCAGUCUUCACUCAAUAUUAGCCCUAAACACCAAUAGCCCAAUAGCACAGGAAAUCCAAAACACCCUCAUCAACUCUACUAACAUCAAACUAGGCUGGGUUAAAGCCCACGCAAACAACCUAGGAAAUGAAACCGCCGACCAACUAGCCAAAAGAGCCACAAUAGAAGGGACGACCAUCGACAUCCCACUGCCUAAAAGCGCACUAAAAAAGCAGCUCCGCUCAGUAUUCCUGAAGAAGUGGCAAGAGGAAUGGGACUCGGGCCAAACGGGAAGAUCGACUUAUACGGUCCUUCCAAAGGUCAAGACCACCGGAGCCCGAUGGGAGAGGGAGGAGAUCAUGUUUGUAACAGGUCAUGGUCCCUUCCCCUCCUACCUCCACCGAUUUCAUCUCCGGGAAAGCCACAACUGCGGCUGUGGUCAAGAGGGCACUCCAUUUCACUACGCCACAAGCUGCCCACUAACAGCGAGCUUCCACUUCCGGAAACCCUCAGCACCCAACGAGCCAGCCUGGUGGAAGGGAGUUAUGAACCACAGGCUAUCGAGGAACAGGGUGAAACUCCUCAUCAGAUUCCUGCAGGAGCACGAGGAUAUCCUCUCACCUCAGACCUGAAUAGCUUCCUUCCACCAAAGCACCAAGCCCAUAAAGUCAUAGCCAACCUGCUCAUCUCCAUUCCUUGCCAUCCCUCUCCUCUCCCACCAUCACAGAUACCGGCCACCUCCAGUCUCUCCUCGCCAGUCCUAGCCCCAAUAUCCAGACCACCAUCCUCAACAACGACCUACUGCAACAAUCCAGCGGCCCCAUUCAUCAUAGUCAUUGGCAGCAGAACAGCCUCCACACCAGGUCAACAGUCCUCCCACUGAUAGCACCAUCCAGCAACAAUCAGCUCCACAGCCCCUGCAGUCUCCUCAACGGCCUCACCGGACCAACUCCAACAACCCAGCAGCCUUCC